AUGCCCUUCAACCCAUCCGACGUGCCCACAGUAUGGCCCUCCUCCACAGCUGCAGCACAAAAGCCAGGAGCAGCCUGCACCGAAGACAACCAAUGUAACCUCCUAAACCAGUGCGCUCGCGACCAGACUCCGGCUUGUGACAAGGUUGCCCAGGUCUGCAAGUGUCUAGCCGUGCCUACGCCUGCGCCUAAACCGACAUCCACAACAACGAGGCCGACCAAGAACACCGGCAAAGCACCGUACCCUAUCGUGACGCAGUGGAUCAAGGAUAUGGAAAUCAAGGUCGGCGAGCAGAAAUGCAACGGCAGGGCCUCGUUCGACGAGGAGGUCAUCAGCGGGAUGGAUAUCUUGAUGGACAUUAGGAAAAUUUGCAAAGCGUUGGACGACAAAAAGCUACGGAUAUCGCCAGAUAGCGAGGAAUAUAAAUCCAACGGGCUGGGCACCAACGGUUCGAAACAUCAUUUUACAAUUUCCUGGAUAGAGGGCUGCACCUUCCCGAGCAAGGAGAGGACGAGGUAUGGUAUGAGGGCCUUUGAUCCAAGGGAGACGGGAGAGGAGAUUGAUGGGAUGAAUCGUUGCGAGUACAUGCUGAAUUGGAACUGGAAAGAGUGCGAUAAAACCAACAGUGGCAAAGGAGGUUAUCGAGAUAUAGGCUGCCUGCGAUACGCCACGGGACCGGGAGAAGAGGGAACCAAGGGGACCGGCGAUGGCAUCAAGGAAAAGCUGAAGGAACUGGCUCGAGACCUGGGACCGUGGGAGACGAUUUUCUGA